UAAAAUAAAAUAAAACCUUAAGCCCACAACAUUAAACCCUUCCAUCACACUCUCUUAACAAAUUGAGCGCCCGCUGUCAAGAUCAUCAUCGUCUCUUCCUCGGCUUCCAUUAGCCAUUAUGAAUAUGAAUUUCAAGAACGUUAAAGUUCCCAAAGCUCCAGGUGCUGGUGCAGUUUCUGCUUUACUUCUUGCACUUGGUACAUAUGGAGCUACUAACAGUCUGUACAAUGUUGAAGGAGGACAUCGGGCCAUUGUGUUCAACCGUAUUCUUGGUGUCAAAGAGAAGGUCUAUCCUGAAGGGACACAUCUGAUGAUCCCGUGGUUCGAGAGGCCGGUCAUCUAUGAUGUUCGUGCGCGUCCCCAUCUGGUAGAGAGUACUUCAGGGAGCCGUGAUCUCCAGAUGGUGAAGAUAGGUCUUCGAGUUCUUACCCGUCCUAUGCCAGAACAAUUACCUACAAUUUAUCGGACACUUGGUGAGAACUACAGUGAAAGAGUUCUGCCUUCAAUCAUUCAUGAAACUUUGAAGGCUGUGGUUGCGCAGUAUAAUGCCAGUCAACUCAUUACCCAGAGAGAGAGUGUUAGUAGGGAAAUACGGAAGAUAUUGACAGAGAGGGCAGCCAAUUUCAACAUUGCACUUGAUGAUGUCUCCAUCACAACCCUAACAUUUGGUAGAGAGUUUACGGCUGCAAUCGAAGCCAAACAGGUGGCUGCUCAAGAAGCUGAGAGGGCCAAAUUUAUCGUGGAAAAAGCUGAGCAAGACAAGCGAAGUGCUAUCAUCCGAGCACAGGGUGAGGCCAAGAGUGCCCAGCUGAUAGGUCAAGCUAUUGCCAACAAUCCAGCUUUUAUCACACUGAGAAAGAUUGAAGCAGCAAGAGAAAUUGCACAGACAAUGUCGCAUGCAGCCAACAAGGUUUACUUGAAUUCAGAUGAUUUGUUGCUGAACCUUCAGGAAAUGAACUUGGAGAGCACGAGUGGGAAGAAAUGGGCAUAGCUUGAACUUUAGUUUUGUUUACCACAUUGUUAAAUGUGUGAAAUUAUUAUGUAAAAGUCUGCGUAGCCGACAUUUUAAAUGGGUUAUUUGUAUUCUUGAGACUCUGGAAAGAGGGAAUUUAAUUAGCUUGAGAAAGACCUUAAAUGGGGGGAGCUGAAUAUCAUCUGGGAACUCUUGAAAUUGUUCAUUUGAGAGUCUUCUAUGCAAUUUUUUGAUGAUGUUUGACUUGAA